AUCAGUGUCCCACCACACACACACACACUCACAAUUCUCACAAGCCUCAAAAUGGCCAAACCCCAUUUGUUGUUUCUCUUCACCACCAUUCUCUGCACAUCUCUAGGCUGCAGCGGCGCUCAAAUCAUGAACAAAGACUCAAAAACAGUGCCCGAUAACGAGACGAUCUACAGGGUAUCGAAGCAGCUAUGUUGGGGUUGCAUAGGCGAGUCAUUGCAGUUUCUGUUCGAGCACAACAUGGCACGUGCGAAGAAGUGGGAGCUGCCGCUGGCGUGGGACGGCCAGCUCCAGAGGUACGCGCAGUGGUGGGCCUCGCAGAGAAAGUCCGACUGUAAGCUGCAGCACUCGUUCCCGGAGAACCAGUUCAAGCUGGGCGAGAACAUAUUCUGGGGCAGUGGCUCGGGCUGGACGCCCAGCAACGCCGUCGAUGCGUGGACCGAUGAGGAAAAGUUUUACAAUUACGACGCCAAUACCUGCGCCGAGGGCCAAAUGUGCGGCCAUUACACGCAGAUUGUGUGGCGGAGCACUAGGAGGAUUGGGUGUGCUCGGGUUGUUUGUGCCAAUGGUGAUGUUUUCAUGACUUGUAACUAUGAUCCGCCGGGGAAUUAUGUUGGUGAGAGACCGUAUUAGGUAGAUACAUAUAAUAAGAUACUCCAAGCUUUAUAUAAAUAUAUAUAUUUCGGCUAUAUAUUUGUAUCAUUGUAUGGGUGGUAUUGGAUCGAAUAUAUGCAUAUAUAUAUAUAUUAAAGCUGUUUUUGUUGAAAUUUGUUUGGAGUCCAAAGCAUAUCGUAGAAGUUGAUAUGUUUGAUUGUGAUUUAAUGAAAGAAAUAAUAAUUAAUGAUUGAUUUUAA